CUCUUAUUAAUGGCCUUUCCAAAAUACCUACACAUCAGAAAAAAACAGUGUAUCUCUGUCAGCUUUUGAUAAGAAUUGCAAAAGGAAAAAACCUUGAAUGCCAUUUUGAAAAUGAUCAAAGAAUUUCACCUUUGGAAUCUGCUCUGUCUUUCUGGACUUUACUUGAAAGGGAAGAAAUUAAACCGGAAAAGCUUCAUGAAGAUAUUCGUCGUUUGAUUCAAAUUCAGAUUGUAGCAGUCCAUAUGGAAAACGGAUAUUUCAAGGAGGCUGCUGAAGUUCUUGAAAGGCUAUUUACAGACUCGGAAUCAGAUAAGCCUUUAAGGGUGAAGCUGGCAACCGUAAUUAAAAGCAAGGAUCCAUAUGUUCCCCUUCUCCAAAGCUUCAGUUACAAUCUUUUGAUAAGUAAAAUCAAGUCUUACAUUGAACUUUUCAUGAAAGAAAAUGAAACUAACUUCUUAAUACAGGCAGCCACAAAACAGGUAGAGUCUAAAGGAUUGGGAGCAACAGCAUUGCAAAACAAAACUGUGAAUGUCAAUGAAAACGACAAAAGGAAUCUGGAAACAAAACAAAGGCCUCAUUCAGGACAGAAGCACAGAGUGAGCAGUGUUCUACAGAGUCUGAACAACUUGCAAAAUGUGGAAAAACAUGGAGAUGCUUUGGCUUGUGGCCGAAGAAGACAGCGAUGGACUUACAAGGAAGACUUGGAACUGAAAUCAGGAAUAAGGGAGUUUGGAGUGGGUAACUGGGCUAAAAUUUUGGUCCAUGGUGACUUCAACAAUCGAACUAGUGUCAUGUUGAAAGACCGCUGGAGAACACUGUGCAGGAUCGAACAAGGCUAA